GCUUGUCGAGAGGCGUUGUCGCAAACCAGCAGCAGCAGAAUCGAACACUCGAGGAUCAGACACCCGCCGGCGCUCAAGCACUCCACACACUGCGCACAUCUCCACCGCUGUGUGCACCAACACCGACUCAAACACCACCACCGCAAACACCGCCCGAGACUCACUCCGCUCCCGAGCAAUCAAGAGAAAGCGCCAUGGCCAACUACAUUCACGUCCCGGACGAGGCUCCAGCUGUACCCAAAAUAGACGUGACUGUUGACGAGGCUGACUACAGACCCGGAGCACUGACACUCCUCAAGGAGCUGAGACCCAGCUGGAAGCCGUCGGAGGUUAAAAUAAAGUUUUUCACAGAUGGAAUAACCAAUAAGCUGCUGGGCUGCUAUGUGGGUCCAGUCAUGCUGGAUGUGGUGCUGGUCCGUAUUUACGGCAACAAAACCGAACUGCUGGUGGACCGGGAGAAUGAGAUUAAAAGCUUCAGAGUACUACAAGCACAUCGCUGUGCCCCGCGCCUCUUCUGUACCUUCAAUAAUGGCUUGUGUUAUGAAUUUCUGCAAGGAACUGCCCUGGAGCCUGAACACAUUCGCAGCAAACCUGUUUUCAGGCUCAUUGCCAGGCAGCUGGCCAAGUACCAUGCCAUUCAUGCCCACAAUGGCUGGGUGCCCCAGUCUGACAUGUGGCUAAAGAUGGGCAAGUACUUUGCUCUCAUCCCCAGGCACUUCAAGGACCCUGAGCGGAACGCCAGGUUGCGCAUGGAGGUGCCCAGCCCCCGCUGCCUCAGAGAAGAGCUGGUGUGGCUCCAGCAGAGUUUGUCGGUGCUGGGCUCCCCCGUAGUUUUCUGCCACAACGACCUGCUCUGCAAAAAUAUAAUCUUCAAUCAGGAUGAAGGCAAUGUAAAGUUCAUUGACUACGAAUAUGCUGGGUACAAUUACCAAGCCUACGACAUUGGGAAUCAUUUCAAUGAGUUUGCUGGCCUGAAUGAGGUGGAUUAUAGUCACUACCCAGAUCGGGCCUUUCAGCUGCAGUGGCUGCGCUCCUACUUGGAGGCCUAUAAGGACCACAAAGCCCAGGGUACCGACGUGACUGACAGAGAGGUUGAGAUCCUUUACGUCCAAGUAAACCGAUUUGCCCUGGCAUCUCAUUUCAUCUGGGGUCUCUGGGCUCUGAUUCAGGCCAAGUUCUCAACCAUCGACUUUGACUUCUUAGGAUAUGCCGUCCUGCGCUUCAACCAGUACUUAAAGAUGAAACCUGAGGUUCUUGGGUUGACCUUACCUGAGUAAAAGCCCUCAACCCCUCGUGUUCUCUUCCGCCUUGCCCUUCCUCCCUUCCAACCUCCUCUGCGCCUCACUUACCGAUAGCUGAGCGCCCUCUAGGGGUCUGUUUGGGGAAGAGCCAGACUGACAGUCUGUCCCGUUCAGUGCCUGCAGGUCCCCUCCAGGGCCCUUAACCCUUAGAGAUUGAAGGAACCACAGUCUUGGUCAUCAUAUCCAGUCAAAUCUUUGUUAAACAAAUUAAUAUGAUGGGUGCCAUGUGAAGUUCACAUUGUUGUGGUGAUUUCAGUUGUUCUAGUAUCAAUUAUGAUAUUAACAUGAUAUCAGCAUAUGUGUUAAAAGCUUUUCUCACAGCUCAAAUAACUAUAAACAGUAAGACAGUAAUGCCUCAUUUAUAAACCAUUACAUAGCAACAACUCAACAUGACUGACAAGUGGCCCAAACAAUAAUCUGAUCGCCGGGAGAGACCCCUUUCUCAUAUGCACAGUCAUGGGGAAACCCCUUGAGAGCCUGCCCUGCGAAUGAUCAAAUUAAUAUGACAUCAACACAAAGCCCACUUUGUUUACCAAGAAACCAAGAUGAAAAAGUCAAGAUGGAAAAGGCCAGUGCUAUCCUUUCAAUCCCAUGUGAUACGAACCACACCACAAGAGGAACAAAUACUUGUGGCCUGCCUUGUGACUCUUGUUUUCACCCUUAUUUUCCUCCAGCAUACUGUGCAUGGGUGGUGCACCAGAAUAGCCAUGUCAUUGUUGUUGCUGCGUAGUGUGCGCUAAGGGUUUGUGUUUUGGCUUUCUAGGCUGACGGUAGAAACAUAAACUUGUAGUAAAGCAUCUUGUGUUUACAUAUUAACCUCUCCCUCGAGCUGAAAUGGCAGUAUCACUGAGCAGCCGUUUUACUUGAGAGAGACUUUCACUGUUAUUUAAGUUUUUUUCGUCUACAUCAUAACUUGGGACAAAAAGGCAACUCACUGUAAUUUGAACAUUCCAUGUUCAUAACGCUAGACGGGGGAAUGUGGUUGUAGGUCACAUGAUAAGUUAGCAGUGUCAGUUUUUCACUGUGACCUGAACUGUAAACCAUGCUGGACUAGAAAGAGACCAAACCAUUAUACUGUCCACUCCAUGUCAGGGAAAGUCAUUGAACUUAGGCCUGACCAUUUUAGUUCUCUAGACCAGUUUUCAUUCACAAAUGAAUGUUAUGGCCUCGCUCUUAUGCCAGAUUGGAUUGACAGCACUCACCAUCUGAAGUAUCCAAUUUCAACAUGAAAGUCUGUAAACAAGUGGAAUCUGGGCUAAAAAGAAAGUGACGUUGAAGUUGGUGCAUAGAGGUUGAAAUGAUGUGUAUAUAUAUAUAUAUAUAUAUAUAUAUAUACACAUAUGACUGGAAGUCAGCUGUUAGUGGGACCCAAGGAGCAAUAGCGCCAUCUGUUGGACUGUAAAAAGAAAGCUGCUGUCAGUCAUUCUUGAUAUUCAUAUUAGGUUUAUAAAAAAGCUUUGGGAGCCCCUUACGAGCCUACACCAAAGUGCUGACUUGUUUUUUUGCUUGUACAUAAUGCACACUGUAUCAUUUUCCAUAUAGCACAAAGAGGACUAGACAGACGAUUAUAUAGACUUACUAAAAAUGACUGUUUUUAUACUUAUUUAAAUGGAAAUGUUAGGGUUGAGGUCUUUGAGAGUGUGUGGAUGUUUGAUGGUGCAGUUGCACGUGGCAUCUGGGCAUAUAGUGUUUUUAGUAAAGAGUUUAAAAAUGUUAAGUGUGAAAAGGGCAACAUUAUGUAAAUGUGAAACUAAUUUGCUUAUAACACAUUUGCUCAGGUGCCUGCUGCUGUAACAAGUUUGCAAAGCUCUGUGACAAGACUUACUGACGAAGCCUGAUUGUCCAAUUAUAUAUACACUCCUGGACAGUACUGAAUAAGGAGACAUUGUUGUGUUAGUCUGCCCGUGUGUCUGUGAACGCUCUCUACUUUGUACAUUUUGAAGUUUGAAGGCUAGUCCUGUCCUCUUCUGUCUUUUAAUUUUGUGUGGUGUGUCUUUCAAGCUAGUGAAUUAAGAUGGGAGUUUGAGUCGGGCUGACAUGAAUAUGAAAUGUGUGAAUGUUGGCUUUAAAUGUGAAAACCUUGGAUAAGUGCGCACUCGGUGGUAAGGGACUCUGUUAACUGCUCAAAGUUCUGGUGGAGGAAAGUGUGAUGGUUCGGUGAAAGAUUGUUUUCUGUUUGGUGUCGAUUUAGGACACUGUCACGCCCCGUUUACGCAUAAUCUGCACACAAAUCAAUGCAGUUUGUCUUUUCAACUGCAACAUAAUCUGAAUAUUCAAAAUGAUACUGCUGAAAUAUGUUCCCAUCCAUCUGAAACUAAUGCAUUUUCACUGUAUAUCAAAGGUCAUCUCAGCACUACAUACACAUUUGUGUUUGUAUUUAAUGUUGUAAAAUAAAAAAUCUGUGGCCACUGUAGCAUAUGUUUAUAUGUACAGUAAACAAAUGUAAUAAUAUCUUUGCUUGUUCUCAAAUGAGAAAUAAUGUACAUAGAAGGAGUUCUUUUAUUUUAUUUUUUUCUAAAAGUUGCAUUAAAGUGAAUAGUUGCCUGGGGUAAGAGGUGAAAUAAAAAAAUGAAAUUUCCAAUACUGUAAAAGUGCUUUGAAAAAAUAAAGUCUAUUUACCCUUUA